CACAAAAAGGCGUAGAAAUGAUUUAUGCGCUGGAUUCCUGAGUUGCAUCUCCUCACCCAGGCCAGGCUUGGGCUGCUGUUCUGAACUGCCAAAGUGCAGGGUGGUUUUAAUGCUGCCUGGGUGGAAGCUUGUGUACAUAGUGUGUACAGGGGCGAGUCAAGCCGCUUUACCCUUUGGCCUUUGGAGGCCUAGAGCUGGCAGAAGCUACAUUAUUUUAUCCUACAUGUAUAGGCUUGUCAAAACCAGCCCGAAGGCAGAGACUCCAGCUUGUACAUGGACUGGGGUUUGGUAAAAUGUGUUAACUGAACGUUUACACUUGCAUCCCGCCUGCUUGUGUGCAACAUGGCGUAUUGUGUUACUUCGCCUGUGGUUCCUCCCUAGCGGCCGAGCGGCAGGGAUAUUUUCAUUUGGCUGCCAGGAUUCUUAUUGCCAAGCGCCCUGGUACCUUUGGACCGCGGUGGGCCGGUGAUGUCAUCUGCAGACAAGAGCGUCGGCAAGUAUACCUACACACAGGUUUCUCCUAGGCCCUGCCCCCCUCCCUCUACCCAUGUUGAUGUAGGCCGUACGCUUUUUCGUCACUGUGAAGCAUGAGUGCAGGUGGCGCUAUGAACAACCAGAACCCACGGCGACGGAAGAGGCCGGAGAAGGGGCCUGGUUCCAAGUUUUUAGGAGAGAAGCGCCGUCGGGAGCAGGAGACGUACUUGGAAGAGCUGGCUGAGCUAAUCAGUGCCAACCUGAGCAACCCUGAGUCCCUCAACAUGAUGCCGGACAAACGAGCUAUGCUCCUGGAGGCAGUCAACAAGUUUAGGCACUACCGCUUGCAGCAGCAGCAGCAAGACCUGGAGCAAGGCAGCGAAGUCCAGCACAGCCACGUCUCCUCCAGCAAGCCUGGCAUGUUGUCCAGCGACUCCCUGGGCAAUGCCCUUUUGGAGGCGCUUGAUGGUUUCUUGUUUGUCGUCAACAGUUCGGGAGAAAUUGAUUUUGUGACUGAAAAUGUUGAGAUGUAUCUGAUUUAUAAACCGGAGGAUCUGAUUGGGAUGAGCAUCUACAAUUUUAUCCACAUUGGGGACCACAAUCAAUUCCAUAACUGUCUGCUUCCAACCUCAACUCCCGGGAUGUGGUCCCAAGACUCCAGCUCUCCAAGCAGCCGCAAUCGCUCCUUCACCUGCCGCAUGCUUAAAAAGCCAGUUGACGAAGAAGACACCCCAGAAGCAGAGCAGCACUACGAGAACCUCAAGUGUUCGGCCAUUCUGAAGCCUAAAGAAGACGGACAGUCUUCCAACUCCACAGAGAGUGACCCACCCUCGCAUCUUGUCUGCGUUGCCCGUCGUAUGGAGGACAGCGCCACCACUGGCGGCAACGCAGCAGGCAGCGCGGGUGCCGCCAUGUUGCUGGGUGGCGUCGGUGAGGACUUCACCACCCAGCUGGACCUGAAGGCCGUUGUCAUGUCGGUGGACCUGUCCCGCCUCCAUCCGCCCCACUACGCCAAGGAGGAUCUGGUGGGGCAGAUCAUCUACAAGUUCUGCCACCCCAGCGACCGGGCAGAACUCAAGAAGCACUUAGAUGAAGCCUUGGAGCAGGGAACCAGCUCCAGUCUGAUGUUCCGGUUCCAGAUUUACAAAGACACCUGGGUGUAUGUUCAGACGACCAGCAGAGUCUACCGCAACCACUCCAGCGGGAAAGUGGAAUGCUUCCUUGCCACCCACUCUGUCUUGAGAGACGAUGCGUCAUCUGGGAAAGUGAUGAAGCAAUCCAACAUGCUUGGGAUGACCUCAACAAGCGGCAGCAACAGCAACACUAAUCGCAUAAUGGAGGCCCUUUCCAACUUCAACAACAACAGCAGGGCAGACCUGAACAGGAUCUGCUCCAUGGUGCUGAAGCGACACCAACAGAACGAGCAUCAGCACCUGCAGCAGCAGCAACAGCACCUGCAGCAGCAGCAACAGCAGCAGAAGGGAAUUGGUUUCAGUAGCAACAGUAAAGUCCCCACCGCCAGCAAUCCCAACAGUUUGCCCACUAAUGCACAGGAAGACUUGGACUUGUUAAAGAGGUCCUCCCUGUCUACCUUGCUGCAGGACACCUCUGUUAGGAACUGUAGCAGUACUAUGGAGACUGCGAGCGUCUACCCAGUGUCCCACAGCAGCGGGGGCAAAAGUGGUAGCAGCAGUGGCAAUGACCGCUAUCCAAUCCCCGAGAAGAUCCAGCGGAUGGAGCAUAGCCCGUCAGACUCAAACAUAGCCUCCUCUACCGAGCACGGUGGUCGGACGCUCUCAGAGCAAAGUGAUGAUGGGGACGUCUUCCUCUCUGACCACCAGAAUCACAAGAAGGGGAGGUUUCCGGACAAGAGCCGGCCUAAGGGUACAGGCAGCAGCAGUGGUGGGGGUAGCGGGGAGGGGUCAGGUGGUCAAGUGGAUCGCGACAGCCCCAAUCUGAGUCCCGACACCAACGAAGGUGUUAAGGAAACAACCAGCAGCACCUUAAGCAAGAACACUCUCCUACAGAAGCUUCUCCAGGAUGACCCAGAGGAUGACAAGAGUGAUACAAGCAGCAGUCGGAGUAACUCGCCCUUGUGCACUGAGCACAAAAACACUUCCGAGGAUGAAAAGAUGGAUGAGAAGACCUUCAGCCAACUUCUGAAAUCUGACACUAGCAGCAUUGGUGGUGGCAGUAGCAGCAGCACAGAAAAGCCAUUUAAAUCAUCAUCGGAGAGCAGUGAGAGGCCUGAAGGCAAUAGCGAACAGUUGGCAGAUGCUGACGGCAAGCCCCGCACGCGGCGGAAAUCCAUCGAGCGGGAGAACCUCAUUUUAAGCAAGCUCCUGGAUGGGGACUCUGGGUCCAUGUUCGGAAGCGGCAAACUGCCCAAGGAACAGCCGGGCUUUGUCUGCAGUAAUGUGGUCUCCACCACCACUGUGCUGCAGAAGGGUGAUUCGGACAAACAGGUCGCCAAGAGUGACAAGAACACUGACAGUGGAAGCAGCAACAACAACAGCAACACCAAGAAGCGCAAGAACGUCCUGCUGCAGAAGCUUCUCAUGGAGGAUUUGCCAACCAUCGAGAAGAACCGUGACAUUGAGGCUACAUGUCAGGAAAGCACGACGUCACCGACUGUUACUACCACCAAGCCUGGCGUGCCGGGCUCCCAAAAAACGAAUACUGAGGAGAAUAGUGUGGACAGCUUUGGUAAUGAGAGUGAAGCCGUGAUGCAACAGUUCCUACAGGAUGCCCCACACCUCCCUGAAGAUGGCGACAGUAACCAACCCAACAUGUUCAUGGAAAUAUUGAAGGAUCUGGAGGGUGUGCAUGACCUGCCUGAGGCCCACAUGCAGUCCCUCAUGAAUGCCCCGGACAGCAGUUGUCAGACCCAGACCCGAUAUCCCGCCCAGAACAACGCCACUCUUGGGUCAGGGGUGCAGACGCCCCAGAGCAAGCUGCCCAUGGGACCAGAGACCCUCCCUGGCCCAGGACCCCACCAGAGACCUGACAGCAGUGGGGGGCUUGCCAAUGCUACUCUGAUGGGCCAAGGAGUUGGACAUGAGCCUACCAACUCCAUGCACUCCAGGAAGUCGCCUGGUGUGAACUCGCAGCACCGCCAGCCGGUCAAAAGGACCAACUCUAGGGACUCCUACAACAGUGGCAGCGGUGGGAUGCACCCCAGUGCUGGUAACUUUGGCCGUUUUGGCUCCUCGCAGCCAGACUGUUUCAGCAUGGAGGGUAUGCAGAAUGUCAUGCCACCGAACCAAACAGCACCCAUGCAGACCUCAAUGUCACAGUUACCCCUACAAGGAACUGGACAGCAACACUUGUACGACCAGGAUCAUAUACAGGAGAAUUUGUCCGGCAACAAUGGCGACGAGCAUAUCCUGUCGGAGGAAGACGCUGACCUGCUGCAACAGCUGCAACAGGUGCUCAACAGCAGUAACUUCCUACCAGAGCUGGAGGGCAACUUUGACAUGGACAGCAACGCAGGGCUGAAUGGCCUGGUGGGAAUGGACCAAGCUCAGCCCAAUGGAAGCAACAUGCUGCAGGGUAUGUUGAGCGGCCAGACAUCAACACAGCCCCCCCAAUCUGGCAGCUACCAGACCCAGUCCUCAACCAGCAUGGGAAUGCAGCAGCAACAGCAGCAGCAACAGCAACAGCAACAACAACAUCCCCCCCAGCAGCAGCAGCAAAGGAGUCACCAGCAACCACAGCAGCAGCCACAACCAAAACAGCAGCAGCCACAUUCAAUGAUAGGCAUGGGAGGGGGUGGGGCUAGGAUGGGACAGGGUGGAAUGGUAGAUAUGCAAAUGAUGGGGGCGGGGCCAAACGCAUCGACUGGCCCUGGCCAGCCUCGCUUCCCUCAUCCACAACAGCAACUGCAGGGCACACAACCAAUGCAGUACAACCAGAUGAACCCCAUGCAGCAGCAACUGCAGCACCAGUUCACACAGCAACCACCCCAGCAGCAGCAUGGUCCGGUCCCACCUCACUCCAUGCCGCUCCAGCCACAGCAGCAGCAGCAGCAGCAGCAGCUGGCAUCCGGGCCAGGCAAACCCUCUCAGGUGCCACCUCCACUGAGCAGUGCCACUGGCCCCGGGGGGUUCACCCGUCCACCGGCCAAGCAGCUGCGGCAAGCCAUCCUCAUGAGGUCUCGCUUGAAGGAACAGCAGCAGCUACAGCAGCAGCAACAGCAGCAGCAGCUACAGCAGCAUCAGCAACAACAGCAGCAACAGAGGCAAUGGCAACUCCAGCAACAGCAGCAAGCGAUGAGACAGCAGCAUAUGAACGUGGCCAACGCGGCCACUGCUAAUCACCAGCUCAUGGGUGGUAAUCAGCCACCCCCUCCGCAGCCCCAGCCCCAGCAGCAGCAGCAACAACAGCAGGCAUCACCCAUGGGCAUGCCUGUGGGUGCCGGCAGCCCUGUCAUGAACCCCAUGCAACAGAACCAGCAGCAGCAGCGCAUGGUGCAGCAACAGAAGCACCUCAUGAUGCUGCAACAGCAGCAGCAACAGCAGACUUUCACAGGACCACAGGUUGAGGGUGGAGGCUUCCCCUCACUAGAUACGCAAGCCUUUCAGGAGAAACUCAGCGAUGUGCUGAACCCUACUGGUGGGGUACUCGCCCCCAAUGUUAGUAUACAGAAGUCCCCAGGGCCUUAUGGACCACAGAUGCCUGGUGUGGGGAACCGUCCCAUGCCUGGGGGGAACCAAAUGAUGGGCAGUGACACCCGGCAACAGAUGGGCAUGAACCAGCCCUUCCCGGGCCAAACUGGUUCCAGUCGGGGCGGACCGGACUUCAUGUUUGGCAACCAGAUGAUGCAGCAGGGGCGGCCGGGCCAGGGAGGCAGUGGCUACCAAGGCGGCAUGGGGCAUGCUGGUGGCAGUGGUGGGACAAACCAGAACAUUUUUAACUUCCAGGACUUCAACGGGCCCGGAGGGAUGGUAAGCAGAGGGGGGAAUAUGCCAGGGAAUCCCCAGCACAUGAUGCCCAACUCUGGAAUGAUGGGACCCAUGCAGCACCAGCAAGGCAUGGGGAUGAACCCCAAUAUGCCCGGCGGGCAGCACGGCAUUGGUCUCAAUCCCAACAUGUCCCGGCCAAACUUGGGAAACCCACGACAGCAGACGCCACCCCUUACCCGUUCCCUCAGCCUCCCGACGACUAACUUUGUCUCCGGUGGCAAUGCGAACAGCCUCAGCCCCGCCAACCGCCACAACCAGUACAUGCAGCAGCAGCAGCCACAGCAGCAGGGAGGCUUCCAAGGCAACAACCUACGCGGGAGCCAAUUCGGUGGCAGCAGCGGGAUGCAGCCCCACUUCUCAGGCAACUCUAUGAACAUGCAGCCAGGCCAAAUGGGAGGUAGUGGCGGAAGCACGCCCAUGUUCUCUUCCCCAUCCUCUGGCACCCAGAUGCGCUGGAGCGGGCCCAAUGGUGGCGCCAUACAGAGGGCGCCCUUGCCUCCGCCGCACCAGAGCCAGAUGUUCCCUGGUCCAGCCGGGGGAGGGGUAGGUGGUCUUCCACAGUCGGGCGAGAUGAUGAGAGGGAUGGCCAAUCAAGUUGGCGGCACACAAGACUUGCAGAAUAUGACAAAUAGAAGGCUUAGGAGGGGAGAUAGCCUGCCAGCCAACCCAAACAUGAUGUCUACCCCACCAAAGUACCCACUCCAGGGCUCCACAAACUCUUCCAUCCCUGUGGCAUCCAACCUGCUGGGCCAGAACACCAUGGCGCUGGGCGGCCAACAGCAGCAACAGCAGCAGCAGGCUCCGGGGGACGCAACAAACACCAGCAACUCAUACCUGGCCCCGGUGAGUAGCACCAGCAACAGCGGCAACAACAGCAACGCCGGCAGCAGUAACAAGAACCGAUCCACGCCUGGCACUAACCCUUCCAACCUAGACAUGUUGAGCCUGUCGAUGGAUCUUUUUGAGCCUGAAUUCUUCAAGCCUGAUGGUCAGAAUCCCAUCGCCAGCUCCACCACCAAUGCCACCAGCCAGCCGGAUAGCACCAGCACCGCGACCUCUCGCAGUAGCAACAGCAACAGCGGUGGCAAUCCCUCAGGCACUGACCCCCUCAAAACCUUUGCCGAGAUGCAGUCCAAUGAAGAGGCCAAGCUGCGGUACCAGGAAUUCUACAAAAUAUCUGGAGCACAGACCGCACCUGAUGCCAACACCCGAGUGACCAACCUUUUCCGCAACCAGCUUACGUCUGGCGCUGUCGGUCGAGGGGUUGGGGGCCAGCCAAUGGGCGGACAGAUGCAGCAGACGGGCGGGGGUGGGGGGAUGGUCCCGCCCCAGCAACAGCAGUAUGGAAAUGAGGAGCAGAACCAACAAGAAAGUGGAGAAGGAGAUGGCAAGUCCAACAGCCUCUUGCAGAAACUUCUACUUGAAUAAAAAGAAAAAACAAACCAAACAGAAGACGGAGUUGUUCGGUCAUCUUUUCAGCCAAGUGAUCACAAGGAAACACAUCGUGUUUUGGAUGACAGAUGGAUAUUAAAUUGUGAUAGCAAGCUUGGUUGAAUCAGAAUUGUUCAACUUGCUUUGUUUUUUUGUCAUGCCUUCCUUUGCCCCCACCCUAUCCACUGUGUACAAAUCCUUUUCUUGUAUUUUAGGCACAUGAUCAUAUAAAGACAUUUUACAGUAUGGAAAAUUAAAAAAAAUCUACUUUGAUUGUGUUUUAUUACUGAGAUGUAUAUUAUUGUUUGUUAAAUAAUGGUAUAUAUAAAGUUGUGUAGAUUGUGCCAACCGAGUCAUUGAAAUUCUAGUUGUCCACUCACUGAUUUAAUAUCAAUGCUGUAUAGUGUACAGAUGGAAUUUCACAGCAAACAAAAAGACAACAUGAAGAAAAGGGUUGUACAUAAACGUGGAAUAUAUACUAAUCAGAAAUUUAAGGGGGUUGGGUUGUGUUUGGAUGACCUUUUUUUGUGGGGAACUGGGUUGAUUGCGUCUGUCUGGUCCAAUGUAGUGCUGUUUUUUUUUAUAUUGAAAUUAGGGGGAACCGGAUCUGACUGGUUUGUCCCGGUCAGCAGCCUGAGCACAGCAAGGAGAGCACAUUCAGAUCAUGUUUCUGGCACUUGAUGGCACACUUUGUUCUGAGAACAAGUUUGAACUGGUUCAGGAAUUCCUCAGUCCAACCAAUCAGAUAUGUCCAGUAACACAGUAACCACUUUAAACUAGAUUUGGCCGGCUCUGUUCUGUAUUAUACAAACAUAUAUAUAUAUAUAUAUCUAUUCAUAUAUAUAUAUCACACAACACUCAAGGAGUCAUUUAAUUGGGAUUGAUUUGAAGAACUUUAAGAUUGGAGGAUCUCUUCUGAUUUUUGAGGUAAAAAAUUUGGAGAUUCUGAAAAAGCUGUUUCCAGCACAAAAUGUUAAGAGAGCUGACAAGACAUUUAUGUGCCUUGCACUUUUAGACAAGUACAUGUACAUUUCAACAACAGAAGUCAUAUGAGAUAAACACAAAUGACUUUUUUUGAUAAUCCAUUCUAAGAUCAGGUAUUUUCCAGGAUCCUGAGCCAAGCUCUUUUCUAAUUCCAAUUUUUCCCCAUUUCCAAGUUGUCCUACGGCUUUUGGGGGGCUGUUUUCCUUCAUCAGUUUAUUGUAAUUGUUUCAGUUAUUUUUGUAGUUGUUGUUUAUUUGCUCAUGUGCUGCCAAGUGCUGUUGGGUUGCUGGAACUUUUUAAGGACACCAUUAACCCCUUUGCUGGUUCAAUGGGGCCUGCUGGACAAAGCCCUCUAUUCAAGGGAUACCACAGCCCAGCAGUCGCGGUCAAAAUAAUCCCGCCGUGAAAGGGUUAACAAAGUUCAAAAACCACAUCCCCAACAUUAGACGAUAAAAUUAUAUAUUGCAUAACUUUCGUUUUCUCUGAUUCUGUGCGUGUUGGCUUUAUUUAAUCAGAUAUCUCUUUAUACUGACUUAUCUUUAGAUCCGUUGUACAUGUACUAAAAGUUGACUUGCAGAUGAGCCUCCAAUUCAUAUCGUUUUGCCCUAAAUUUUGGAUUCAUUUGGAAAUUGUAAAGAUUGAAUUGAACAAGAUGAGACUGUCAAUCGAAAUAGUGCCUGAAUUACACAUGAUCAUCAAAAUCCUUGCAAAGUUCAUCUUUAAAAACUUAACAAAAAAGAAGAAAAAACCAAAAAAAAAAGAAAAGAAAAAGAAAAUCAGUGAUUGAGUAAAAUCUAUUUAUACUUUCUGAUACAACUCGACUGUAAUUUAUAAUUUGAACCAGGCCUUGUUUUGGGGAGUAAACUCUUUAUUGGUAGAUAUGUGAUGUUUGUUAGAAAUUUUUAUGUAUGGAUUCUUGAAAUUUUUUGUGUGGCUCAGUGGUUCCAUCACACUGACGGUUAAUUUUUAUUGUCAGAUUUUUGUGAGUGCUUGAAGCUGAGAAAGGUACCCAGAUAAAAAGUGACCAAAGCUGUAGUUAUUUACUGUUUUUUGUUUUUGGACAAAAUGCCGAUAUACAUGUUAAGUGAGUGUCCAUAUUGUUUGAAUCCAAAGUACAGAAAAUGGUAAAAGAGAAGAUCUGUCAUGAUUUCUUUUGAAAGUGUCAACUGAAACAUGGAUAUUUCACAUUUCUGUGAAAAAGGAGAGAUUUGAGGUUGACAAGUCUUAAUGGUCCUAGCAGAGUGUGGAGACCAGGAGAUCAGUGUGAUUACAGUCGGGUGGAUUACUUCUUUGAAACUUGAAGGGAUGUGACCGUGCAUAAAGGACCAUAUGUACUGGUGCCUUAACUCAAGGAAUGUGUUGGGGUAAUGGUCAAGUAAUGAUUCUUCUUGAAAGAUGCCACAUUGUCUGAUGAUUGGAAAGCUUUACAGGUUUGCCAGCGCAUACUACUGGGGUUUUUCUUCCUGUCAGAAAUAUUGCAUUGUUUCGUCCAUCCAUAAAUUCAAUUUUUAACUUGUUUGAUCCAUGUCUGUGGUCCAUUUUUAAUUUGUUAAUGUGUUUAAAGAAAAAAAAAAUAAAAAGAUCCUGUGUUGUUUGUGUGAGUCAUGAUUUUACAAAACAUCCAGGAUGUUUUUAGAAGAGGUGUAAUUUGGUGCCAACUUUAAGUGAGAUUCGACCAACAGAAUGUGAAUGUGGCUUAUGUGGAAUCAAGUUUGUAAAUACGAAACACAUACGUUCAGUAUGUUACCAUUGUGAUAUUGUGAAAGUAGGAUUUACUUUAUUGGGGGCUUUGUUUUUCAAUAUUGGGCUAAAGGUCUUGUGUUUUUCAGGAGUUUUGGGUGAAACAAGUUGUGGUGUUGUCAGACUUACAAACAUUGACUGACCAGAUUGGAUGACAAGGGUAUGCCAGCAAUAAGACUUUCAGGAAAUGGUCAAUAGGGGGCGCUUUUGAUGAUGGCCAAUGAACAGCUUAUGGAGCAUUUUUACCAUUUGAAUUCUGAGCAAAUGUUUAGGCAAGUAAAUUUUGCCCAGUGUUUAUCAACUCUGAAAUUUAUGUACUUCUGGAGGGAUCAAAAACUCUUGCAAACCAUAACGGUGCCCAGUCCUCUGUGCUGCUGUUUUGAGAAAGCGCCCUCUGGUGAAAAGGUUUGGGAUAAAUGCCUAUGUGUAUAAAAUUGUUACCACCUGUGUUUCCUCAGCGGUGAAGGCUGGGAUUGUAGAGUGGAAAUUAUAUUUGGUUUUUCCCUUCUGUUUCGUAUUGUAAAACAUGAAAAAAAAAGUCAUGAUGGAAAAAUGACAGAAAGUGAAAUAAUGGGAAAAAUCAAUCAUUGUAUGGAUAGUAUAAAUUAAUCUGAGAUGGAUUGAUGUUUAUUUCUAAUCAAUAAAUAUACCACUCAGUUUGGAA